GGCCCCUGCCCCGGGCUCGCCUGCCCCCGGCCGCCCAGGAUCCCCACCGGCCCGGGCUGCCCCGGCUCCGCCCCCCCGCUGAUGACACAUCACUUGGCACCGACCUGCCUCCCGGCUCCGCCCCCUCCGGCGGCUCCUCCCCAGCCCGGCCCGGCCCGGCCGCCAGCGCAGCCCGGCUCGCGGCCCUGGAGCUGCCCGUCCCCGAGCUGCCGCGGCGCCUGGGCUCGGCAGCCCGCUCCGCUCCGCUCCGCCGCGGGGCCAGGUCCAAGGGAGCGUAGGGGCCAUGAGCUGGGCCUGGACCUGCUGCCAUCCUGCCCCCAGGGGGGCCAACCCUGGGGGUGACUAAGAAGGAAAAGCAGCCAGGAGAAUGGACUCCUGGUGCCCCAGGCCAGGCUCAGGGCCAGCUAUGCUGGGGCACUUUGUUGGAAGCUUUAGGGGCAAAGGACAGAGGCAGGACGGCCAGGACAGCAUGCCAAGAAGCCUCAAUGCUGCAUCUCCUGUUCAGCUUUCCUCCUAGUCGCCAGUCCAUCAGCGAGACCCACAGGCAGCAGAGGAUGAAACCAGCUGCCCCCCUGCCCAAGCCAUGGGCAGCCCUUAGCACGGGUCUCCUGCCGCAGCUCUGACAGGCGGAGGAGAUGCUCCCUCUGCCAGGUUGCAGCACGUGUACUGCAGCUUCCCAAGCAGCAGGACGGAGGAGCAUGGGAGUGGAGCCUCGGGCCUGAGGGCGGGGGGGGCGGCACGAGAUGGUCAGUAAGGAGACCAGCCCCUGCCUGGCUCGGAGCAGUGAGGGCAGCCAGGAGAAAGCCAUGACAGUACGCUCGGUGCUGCUCAACCGCGACUCGCCCGACAUCGAGACCCGCCUCAAGCGCCGACGCAACCGCACCCAGCAGGUACGCUUCAAGGACCUGGUAGAUGGUAACCCUGGGGAGGAGGCGAGCCCCCCCCAGGAGCCAGCAGCCACACCUGACACCAACACCCCAUGUGCCUCUACGCCCCCCAGGGACUCCCCGGAGCUGGUGGCAAACUAUGCCUCGGACGCCCAGCGGAGCUGGCACCAGGCCAAGCCGCACUCGCUGACGCUGCCUAUGCCCAGCAAGGUAUGUCUGAGCACGGCCAUCCAGACGUCCCCCAGCCUCCAGCAGCAAUUCCCAGCCUCCCGCGUCCGCAGCAAGAGCACCUGCGACUUCGCCCAGGAGGAGGUGCUGGCCACCGCCUGGGAGCCCAGCAAGAGCCAGACGGGCUGCAGGGGUCCUGCCAGGGCACCCGCCUCUGCCAGAGCCAGCAGGGAUCUCCCCCAGUGCACCCUCACCAGCCUUUCCGCACACAACCACCUCCCUGCCUCCCCCCUCGCCCAGCACACCAGCAGAGAGGGGCAGCCAGGCCCCGCUCCACAUGCCACUUUGUGCCACGGAAUGACUCCACCGCCCAGGGCUCCUUGCCCACCUUAUCCAGGGACCAUCAGGUGUACCGCUGCCAACUAUACCUCCCAGCAAAAGGGCUGCCCCCCAGUGCCCAGCCCCAGCCUCUGCUCUUCCCAGCCCCCUGCAUACACCAGGAACUGUGGGAGCCCUAAGGAUAGCCACGGUGCCCCUGCUCCGUGUCCCCUGCACCCUCCCUCUGUGCCAUGUGGACAGCCUGGGCCACCUGCAGAGCCACUGCCUUGGAGCAGGAGCCAGUCUGAGCAGGACCUGCCAUGCCAGCCUGCUCAUAACUGCAUGACCGGCAGCCAUGGGCUCGGCCAACCAGCUCAGUGUCCCUCCCAAGGAGACCCUGCCGCUGCCCUGCAACAACGCCACAGCUCGUCCUGGGGCAGCCCCCGCUGCCUCUCUUCAAACCACAGCCCCAGCACAGUCCUGCCACCACCAAACCAGCCCAGUUCUACAGCCACCAUGCUGAAGAAGACACCAGCCACCCUCAGCCACCAGGCUCCCAGCAGUGGACAGUCCCAACCUGUGGCUGCAAGGCCCAGUGUCUGCAGCCAGCUAAAGGCCAUCCAGACUGAGUGUGGCCUCGUGAACUUGGAGGAGCCUCAGCAACUGAUCUCCACAUCCAGCCAGGGGCACCCCCCAAGGACACAGCAAUUCACCCGGACUCCUGGGGCCCCCUGGAGCAACGAGCUGCUGGGCGAGCCCUGUCUGACGGCCGAGCAGCUGGAGACUCUGCACCAGGUUCAGGACCUUCUGCAAUUGGUGGCUGCAGCCAAAGGGCAAGUGGGUUUGUCCAAGGGGGAUGAGCAUUUCCUAACAUCUCGGGGACAUGUGAGUGUGGGACCCGGGCAAAUGGGGGACCUACAGUCACAGCUGCAGUCCCUGGAAGGGGUGCUGGAGACCAGCCAACAAACCAUCAAGGUGCUGCUGGAUGUCAUCCAGGACCUGGAGAAGAAGGAGGCCCAGCGGGAUGGGAGACGCUCAUACCGGACAGGGCAGGAUAUUGCCAACUGUGGGACCUGCCGGGACUGCGCCUGCAUCAUCUACAGUGUCGAACAUGAUUUUCGGCAGCAGGAAGGCCGCUUCCAGAGGGUGCUGAGCAGCAUUGAGAGUGAGUCAAGGCAAAGCUCCCCCACGAUAGCCCGGGCCACCACACCGACUUGGCAAGAGCUGUCCCCGAUGCCGAAGCUGCCUGCAAAACUGGACUCCAAAAAAUCCAGGCGCAAAUGUUUCUGGUUCCUGUGACCCAUGGUGCUGCCUGAGGGGGGGAUGCAAAGGCCACAUCACCAAGGCAAGAGGACAUGCGUGAGGUCCCCACUGCCAAAGAGACGUUCUGUUGCUGACACACCAAGCACUCUGUUCCUUUCUCUCCCUCUCUCUGAGUCUAGGGUUUGGGUAGCACCAGCUUUUGUAUUCUUACCUCUCCCCUGUUUAACAUACUAAGGCCCCUGUGUAAAUAACGGGCAGGAGGAGGAACACCACUGUACUUAAUGAGAAAUCAAUAAACUGUAGGGAGACGCUAUUUUCACUA